AAGUAAUGUUAGUAAUCUAAAGCCAACGUCGUUUAUUCGGGAGUGACCGAAAUCAAUCCGAUAAAUUACGUCAAUGGAACGGAAGUCGCCGAAGUAUUACAUAAAUAGUGCGAACGUUGGCUUGCAUCAAGCAACAGGAACAUGCAAGCAGAGAUCUAAAGAUCAACUUGCUUUUAAAUUCAUAUUUUACCUGUAGUUUGAGUGUUUCAAAGCCCUGAAGCAAGAAACAUCACGUAAUGGACGAGACAGAAACUACAAUCCUCGAAGUCAGCGCGCUCGACACAACUGACACCCCAGAACCAGGGUGUUGUGAAGAGACACCGUGCCUUGAACCACGGCUGGAAGAAGACGCCGCGACGAACGAACAGAGCUUUUCUGAGGAACAAAAAGACAAAAAGAAAAAAGAGAAAUCUUCGUUGAAAUCAAAACCACACAGACCUCAUCAUCUGAAAAUACCGAAAGCUUUGCAAAAAUCGUUCUCGGCUCAGUCAAAUGGAAAUCAACAAGCAAAAUCCAUCGGCGUCGCUGUUUUCCUUGUGGAAAAAGUUGGUCGUUUGUUGAACCUCGAAUAUGGCAAAGAUACAACUGCUGGUUUGAUCUGUAAAAUGAUGGUGGAAAAUCUUGCGAUGUCUUCCCAGGCAAAAGAUGUAUUUUGCAUCUGGCUUGUUUCGCCUUUACUGCAAUUGCAACUUAAAGACCAUCACCAACCGCUUAGAAUGCGCAUGAAAUGGCCUGAUCUUUUGAAAAGAUUCACAACUGCUUCGGAUGAAAUGAUUGCAAAAGAUGAACCUAUAUUGAGUUUUCAACGCAACAGUUUCUUCUCCUUACAAGAAGAACGAAAGAUUACUGAUGAAAAGAUAAUCAAACGCCUUUUUGAAGAGGCCAAACACAACGUUCUCAAUGGAUUUUAUCCACUUACAAGAAAAGAAGGGGAAAUGUUCGGAGCAGUUUUGGCGAUAACUGAAUACGGAAAAUACAGCCCCCAAAUUCACAGAGUUGGUUACUUCAGAGACAAACUUUCAGAUCUUGUUCCUUACUGGUUAUAUAAACCUGGCUGGCAGACAAUUUUGGGUCGCUCAACAAAAACGAGCAUAGAACAGAAUCUCAUCACACAUUACAAGGAACUUACAGAAGCGACUUCGAACUAUGUAAACCCGGGUAACGGCGGCAAGCUUUUCCUCGAGAAAUGCUGGGAUCUUCCUUACUAUGGGAGUGUGUUUUUCACGGGUCAAAUCGCAAAACAAGUUUCUGGGUUAACGUCGUUACUAGAUCAUCCUGACAUACCCGUUCGUGUGGCAAUUAAUCGUGAUGCAAUUCACGUUAUUAAUCUAAAGAAGAACGUUAUUUUACUUGGUCUCUCGUAUGAAGAAUUUUCCUGGGACUACACCCAGUGCCCUGACUCUGAGAAUGAUCCAGAUUGCUUCGACACCUUCUGGUUGGAAUUUGACUCCGACGAAGGCGAUAGUACUGCUAUCACUCAAUUGCAGAUAUUUUCAAAACAGGCAAUUAUGAUGGACGCAAUGGUUCAGUCGUGUGCGUUUGGACCCAUGACUUUAUCGCCCGUUCCUCAAACCAGUAACGCAGAACCGGGCUCAGUCACACCAGAGAAAAAUCGUUACAAAAUACGAAAUCGGAUGGAAAGAGUUAGUUUAUCGACUUACGAUAGAGAUGGUUUUGAACUACACCGUGGUCGGCGGAAUAACUUUUCCAUCACCACUCUGUUCAGAAGGCAACACUCAGUGACGAGCUAAUGCUUUUAUUUGUAAUGCUACCAGACGAUGUUUGGGCGACAACAGUUUUGUGCCUAUAUGGGCAACACAAUAUAAUACCCCAGCAAAACGGAGAGAAAUCAAGAACUGAAGAUAGAAGAUUUUUAAAUUGACAUAGAAAUCAGUUGUAAAUAGGUUUAGUAAGUAGGUAACAUGAUGUUAAUAAAUGUAGCUAUUACAAUUGGCAAUAACAGGGUUCGAAUAACCGAUAAUUGAGUCCUCAAAAACCGUGUUUGAGGGCUUCGUGUUUCACGCCUUCAUGUUUCAGGCCUUCGUGUUUCAGGCCUUCGUGUUUCAGGGCCUCGUGUUUAUGGCUUAGUCCAACACCUUUUUCUCGCGAUUCUGUUCUUCUGAGUUUUCUUGUACAGAAGAUUUCAAACAUUUGUUGCAACCUGAUGUAUCGAAUUUUGUGAUAGGUGCCCUGAAUUGUGUGGCACUUUCCGAACCCUUGUUAUAAAUGUGUAUAAAUAUAGCCGUGAAUAUAUAUAGAUAUAUAUAAUGAAUAGUGUAUAAUUGAUAAUGUAAUAAUUUUAGCACUUCAAUUCAAUUUUAUUUCCCUACAACUUCGAAGGUUUAUGGUCAUUGAUCAAGUUGAUCCCAGUAAUUAAAGAUUUGUCUUUGAUACUACUGUAUCUAUUUUUUGGCAACAAGUCAGGUUUCAUGCUCUAUAUUCUAUCAUUUUAAAGGCAGGGUUAGAGACCGGUCGUCGGUGAUAUAAGCCUUAGUUACUUACACACACGGUGCAAUUUUUCUUGGCAAACUUCGUAGUUACCAAAUUUACAUCUUUCAAAAGUAGAAUUGCACCGUGAAGAA